AUGGAGCACCUCAACCCGGUGACGGGGUCGCCGCUGCGCGUGGGCCCGCACGGCGGCGACAUGCAGCCCCGCGCCUACGGGUCCUCCGUCGACGCCGAGUACUUCGACGCGCGCCAGUUGGAGACGGAGGUCCUGUCGCACAACGCCCAGGUCAUCCGCGACCGGGAGCGUCCGACCGCGGAGAGCGAGGAGGAGGUGCUCGAGUGGUGGGAGCGCGCCGCGGCGCAGCGGCCGCCCGCGCUGCCCCUCGGCGGCGACGACGGCCCCGCGCCGGCGGCGCCGCACCGCGCGGCGCCCCGGAGCGGCCGCCGCGAGAAGCAGGACUCCUUCGAGGUCCGCGUCGCGACGCCGCAGGGGUCGCACGCGGGGGGCGUCUCGGUCGUCGGGCCCGAGGGCCGGUCCGAGGAGCAGCGCGCCGCGCUGAGGCGCGAGCACGAGCUGCUCGUGCUCCGCGACCGCGAGGCGCGGGCCGCGCGCCUCGAGAAGGAGCGCGACGACGAGCGGCGCGAGGACGAGAAGCGCCUGCGCCAGGCGUCGAGCUUCCUGCCGUCCGCGCGCGACGGCGGCGCCGGCCCCGCGCGGACGACGGGCCGCGGCCGCCGGCCGUCGGCGAACGGCCGCGGCAGCAAGCUCGGCGACAUCAUCAGCUACGACGGCGGCCGCGCGGGCCGGAGCACGCGCGAGGACGCGCCCGCGAACCUCCGCCGCGACGACGGCGUGACGCGCGACCAGCUCCGGCGCCGCGACGACGUCUACGGCGCGCCGGGCGCGCCCUUCGUCGGGCUCCAGGCCCGGCCGGCGCCGCGGAGCGACGCGCGGGCCGCGCCGUCGCCGCGGGGCGACGAGCCGGCCCACCGGCCGCGCGCCGCGCCGUCGCCGCGCGCCGCGGCGACGCCGCCGCGCGGCGACGAGCCGGCCUACGCGGAGCCGUCGCCGUCGGCCUACGACCCGCCGCGCGCGAAGAACGACUCCAUCGCGCGCCACCUCCAGGACGCGCUCGCCGCGGCGCUCCGCGAGAACGAGCGCCUCGACGGCGACCUCAAGGCCGCGCUCGCGGAGGUCGAGCGCUACCGCCGCCGCUUCGGGCCGCUGCCGCCGUAA